AGUUGGGUCAGGUCAGGUCAGGUGUGGUGUGGGAUCAAUGGCGGACAUCGCCGGCGGAGAACACCGCGUCCAAAUGCCGCCGGCGCAAGGCGGUGACCGACGAGGGCGGCGGGUAGCCGCGCCGGAGAAGUGGGUGAACUGCUUCGUUCGCGUGGUGGCGCUGAUGGAGAGGACGGGCAACGCCCUCGGCUCUCUGGUCUUCACCUGGGCUACCGUCGUCCUGCUAGGCGGCUACCUGACGAUGCUCCGCUCCUACGACGAUUUCUAUUACGCGACGGUCAUAGUCUUCAUAGAAGCUACAAGGAUGUUCAGCCGCAGCAAUAGGCUCGAUUACCAAUUGUUCUUCCGCACGAGAGGUGCCUUCAGACCUGCUGCUGGCUGGAAUGGAUUGAUCAUGGUCGCAUGUAUUUCCAAUGCUAUGCUCUGCACGGUUCUCCGGAACUACAUUCCUUACUUCAUGAACCCGUUAUGGUUUCUUGGGGUGAUGUUACUCCUAGCAAUUGUCCAGUUUGUAUGUUCAGCGGCAUCAAGACUACACACAAGCUAUCCGAUACGCCGUGCGAUAUCGUUAUGGAGCCCCAUGGUUGCAAUCCUAUUGCUGGGUCCCUUUAUACUACGACUCUAUGUUAAUUCUCAGACGAACAAACUCUUUACCGAUGCCUCAAUGCCCAAAUGGACGAUAGCGUAUGUAGUGCUGCUUGUAGUUGUGCUCCUCGUGACAAUCAGCAGGUUCCGGUUCCUGAGUAUAAUCAAGCUACUAAAUGGUACUCUAGGCAGAAAACGUGAGUUUUGGUGCCAGAUUAUUCUGAAACUGUGCAUGAUUGCCUCAAUCAUUAUGCCUUUGCUUAUGGUUGAUAAAUACAAUCGAGAUGCGCUCAUCAUGUUGGAAGCAUUUGCUCUGGUACUAUUAGUGUCAUGCGGCAACCUGCAGAUCCCAGCAGCGACAAUCCGUGUCUUGCUCCCGCUGUUCCGCUUUCUCACACAGUACUACCACUGGGCUGAUUGGCUAAUUGACAAGAAAAAAGAUGGAGAGGAUGAAACCCUCGUGCCAUCUCUAAGUAUCUUCUACGGGAUGGUGCUUGGCCAAGGGAUACUCUACAUUGCAGCUUGUAUCUUGGAGUUCUUUUCCUUCAUCCCUCGGAGAUCUCUCAUCCGCCAGAGUGGAUUUGGAGGUCAGUGGGGCAUUGCAUCUGUCAAUUUGUACUACGCAUACGCCUUCGAGAAAUACAUGGAAGGAGGUGUGCUUGUUCCAAAGAAGAUCAGCCUCAUCACCUUUGCAAUGGAUUCCCUCAACUCAGACUCACCCAAGAUGCAGCUCUCUAGUGUCCAGAUGCUGCACGUUUUUCUUCAAAGGGAACCAACCAGGGAACGGAUCAUAUCAGAACUCACCACCUCUACCAACACAAUGGCCAGAUUAAUCAGCAUGUUGGGCUGGUCAAGUCCAAACCAUACAGUAGUCAGAUUAUAUGCAGCGAAGGCCACUGCAGAGCUUGCAAAGAGCCUCCGGGUCAUCACUGUUCCUGGGACAGUGCAGCUUGUAUCUUCACUUCUAGACAUUCAUGGCAAACCGAAAAAGGGAAACCCACUUCUGGAUGUAGAUGGUGAACAGGAGGGAAAGCAAGCCCCAAUUCACAAUACAUCAGAAAGCCAAGAGGAUAGGCAUGAUGCAGCUGAUGACCAAUGUCAAAUUCAAGAGCGACAUGGGGACACUGAUAACUUGCUGGAGACACAAACCCGAUCAACCCAUAUCAAUGAACGUAUAUCCUUCGUAAUCAGAACCUGGCAGCGGAUUUCAGAGUACUGGUCAAUCCCCAAGGAGAAACCGUUGACAGACCACGAUCUUCUUCCUGCACUGGGGAUGUCGAUUGUUAACAACCUUGCUAGUGGUGAUGAAAAUAACUGUGUGGAAAUUCAUAGAGAAACUAACCUCAUCUGGAAGAUCAUAGGAUUCACAAGCUUCAGAGGUGACACAACAACUAGCGAGGCACAACAAUGGGUCCUGGUGAAGUCAUCAGUGAAGGUGUUGCAGAGGCUGACAAGCAUUGGAGGGGAAAUUGGCAUAGCACUCAGGUAUAAGAUAUCAAAACAUCCCUUCCUAUUAAGAAACCUCGCAGAUAUCUUGGGAAACACUAGCAGCCAUCAUGAAUUAAGUAAACUUGUUGCUGGAAUCCUUAGAAAUCUUGCCAUUGAUGGUGACACAAGGCAGGAGAUAGGGCAAAUGCAGGUGCUCAUAACCAGGCUGAUGAAGGCAUUCAUCAAAUCAGAUGGAACCUCUAGCACAAAUGUUGAUUGCUUUCUACCAAAGGUAGCUGGGCAAGCACUGGCAAUGUUGGCAAUGGAUAAUGUGCAUAACUGCUUAGUUAUGAUGAAGGAACCAGAGCUCAUUAAUAAGUUAAAAAAUAUGAUCUUGAUCCCUGAUGAGAAGUACAUAUAUGUGGCAGCAAGUUUGUUGCGUAGUAUGUGCCAGCACGCCCAAGCCAAGCUCACAGAAUCAGACCUGAAAGAGUUAUCUCACACUUUGCAAGAGGUGUUGGAAAGAAUAAUGAAUGUAGAAGGGGCAGAACUAGAGAUCCUCAUUGGCCUAAGUUCACAAAUAUGCAAAGUUAUUCCUGAAGAAUUUGCCCAAAAACUGGAGGGUGGACAAAUUAAGCGAAGGUUUGUGAAGAGGCUAGUUGAUGCACUCAAUGCAAAUAUCAACCCAGGUGCUCAUUGUCCUGGGAUCAGGAGGGUGAUACUUGAGCAAUCCAUAUACAUGAUGGAGUGCAAUUCCCUCUAUGCUAGUUGUUUCAAUGAAUUCCGGAUGAUGGAAGCACUGUCAAUGGUAGAAGAGAUGCCCUCAAGGACUGAGAACUACUGGAUUUUCUUGGGCGGCGCAGGUUUCAUGGAAUACAACACACCUCUCUUUGCUCUUGUGGAUAGAGCAAAAGAAAUGUUGGGUGUCCAGUGCUUGCAAGACAUCAGCAGUUCCAACUGAAAAAUAAUGUAGAUAAUUUCGCAAU